CUCUGGCGUGGUCAGUGUGUCAGUCAGUCUACGAUCACGCGUCACCGGGAGUAGUGUCUCGCUUACGCUCCGUGUAAUUUACGCAUCCAAGUCUAUCUUUUCUGUUGUCGGCGCAGAGAUCAGUGACAGAGAUAGAAGAGUCGGCGGGACGGGAAGCUGGACUGCGGGUCACACAGUUGCGUGCCGUUUUGCAAUUUUUGGGCUGAGAGAGACGACAGCGCGCGGGCCGACGGCGAGAGAGGAUGGCGGACACCAAGGACGACUGCGCCGACAACGUGCAAUUCUUCGAGGGCGUCGAGAAGCUCCUCGAGGUCUGGUUCACCAGCACCAAGGGCCUCAAGCAGCAUCAGGGUGAUCUCCGGCAGAUACCGCGGCAAAAAUGGGAAUCACUGCUGAAGAUCGUCCGUUGCGAAAUCAUUAGUUUCUGCCGAAACGAUCAAGUGGACGCCUACGUCCUGAGUGAGAGCAGUAUGUUUGUGUCCAAACGCAGACUCAUACUGAAGACUUGCGGCACUACUACACCUCUGCAGUGCCUGGAGCCGCUUCUGGAGCUCGUUGAGGAGUACACUGGCUUUGACGAUGUCGAGAACGUCUUUUACUCCCGAAAGAAUUACAAGAAACCGGAGAUCCAGAUAUCGCCGCACCAAACGUUCGAGGAGGAAGUCUCUCUGCUGGAUUCCCUCUUCCCUGAUGGUGAAGCUUAUUGCAUGGGCUCGCCCGAGACAGACUGCUGGUAUCUCUACACUUUGAUCCGCGACAAGCCGCUGCAGGAUCCACCGGAGCCAGAUCAAACUCUGGAAAUACUCAUGACGGAACUGGAUCCAGACGUGAUGUCAAUCUUUACCAGGGACGUUUGCUCGUCCGCCGACGAGGCGACAGUCAAGUCUGGGAUCGACAAGCUCAUCCCCACUAUGAUCAUAGAUGACUUCCUGUUCGAGCCAUGCGGAUACUCUAUGAACGGAAUAUCUAAGAAUGGUAGCUACAUGACGAUCCACAUCACGCCGGAGCUUGAGUUCUCAUACGUGUCAUUCGAGUGCAACGUCUCCGAGACGUCAUACGACGAGAUAAUUCGUCGCGUGUUGAACACCUUCAAGCCGGGCAAGUUCGUCGUGACGAUCUUCGCCAACGAGCAGUCCGCGGCGGCCAAUUGCCCGCGCGAACUCGAGAAGCGGUCCGACUAUCUGAACCGCUCCGGCGACUGGCUGCGCACCGACGUGCAAUACUGUCGCUUCCCCAACUACGAUUUGACCUGCGCCUUCUUCUCGCGCUUCCCGAGCUGAGGGUUCAAGGACGCUUCAUUCGUCUCGCAACCCGGGACCAAUGAAGCGCGCACCAC